AUGGAUGGCCGACUGUUGCUGGAAGGUCUGCCAAGAUAUGGCGCUGUGCCUACGUACCUGCCAGUGCAGUACCAGGUGCUGAAUGCGGAGCUAGCCUUCUUCCUCAAGGAGGCCAACCAGGACAUCAUGAGAAACUCCAGUCUACAGGCACGCACUGAGCUCUUCUUUAUUCAGCAGGCCAGGAGAAACCCUGUGGUCAAUGCUAGUUAUGGACCCUUCUCCGUGCAGCAGCCCAUACCCAUGGAACUCCUUGAUCCAGGGUUCUUCAACAACCCAUCAACAUCAUCUUUAUCUUCUUCAGCUUCUUCUCCACUGUUCACUUUUAACUGGAAGAUUCAGACCUUCAUCAUAAGUGAGCGCAUCCACCUCAGCUGGCCCAAGGUCCAGGUCUUGUUCUAUGUCGUAGGCCGAGACUGGGAUGACUACAGCACUGUGGACCAUCUCCCUUGCAUCCGGAUGUUUGCUUUCCAUGAGACGCAGGAGGUUCGAGGCACAUGCCGUUUGAAAGGUGAACUGGGGCUUUGCGUGGCCGAACUGGAGCCGCUGCCCAGCUGGUUCAGCCCACCUAGUGUGGUGCCUGGGAGACAAAGAACACCUCAAACUGAAGGCACCCCUGUGGAGCUCUACUAUAUGGUACAGUCCACAGAAACCGGCAAAUGUAAACCAGAAAGUUCCCGUAAGGCAGGUGCUAUCCGCUCUGAGCCACAGGGGCCGGCUGGAUACUUUUCAGGGCCUACACCCAUGCGGAGGAUCGGCAGUGUACGUCUGUUUCAGCCACUCUCCGAACUUCGCCUGGACAGGAACUUUGUGGUGAUGGUGCCUUCCAGGCCAUUCAGGCAAAGAGAGACAGUGUCGGUCUUCCUGGCUGCUUCUGCUCUUUCAUCAGUGGAGAUCUUCACCCUCAGGGUGAAGUUGAAAGAUGACGUGGUGUUUUUAGGAGCAAAGGCCACUAAUCCAGUGCAGUGGACCAUCAGUCAGGACGUGAGGAGUGAAGGACACCGAGUUGUUACUCUGCACUGUCGGAGAAAAGACUCCAGCUAUGGCCAGAGGAUGGAGGCAGGGCUUCAGAAGGUUCUGCAGGUGGAUUUGGAGGUGAUUGGCCAGGUGGAUCCUCUGGGCACUCAUUCAGUCACAUGGCAGGUGGAGUACCCCAUGAGCCGCACCUUCUCUGAGGAGAUCCCAACCCUCAUUCGACUCACAUCUCAUGAUGUGGGGGGCAUCGUCCCGCUCGCCAUGGAGACAGAGAUCCUAAACACAGCCGUGCUCACCGGCAGGACUGUCGCCAUGCCCAUCAAAGUGGUCACUGUGGCAAUGGAUGGGGCUGUGACUGAUGUGACAGAGUCUGUGGGGUGUCGAUCAACAGAUGACAAUGUUGUUAAGGUGUCUGAGAGAUGUGACUAUGUGUAUGUGAAUGGGAAGGAGACAAGAGGGAAGGUGAGGAUGAUGUUGAACUUCACUUACAACUACCUGAGCGCCCAUCUGGAGGUGAGUGUGUGGAUGCCCCGCCUACCCCUGCAGAUUGACAUGCCUGACCCUGAACUCAACCAAAUCAAAGGAUGGAGGGUCCCCAUCUCCGGGGGCAACCAGAGAUCUGUAGAUGAUGAUGAAGAUGAAGGGAGCAGGAGGGAUCGAGGCUGUGGUCCACAGUACCAGAGCACUACAGUGCGUGUCCUCACACACUUUGAGGCAGAGCCAGGGGAGGGGCAGGACCAGCCAGACUUCCUGCUGGGCAGUGAUUGGCAGGUAGAUGUGACAGAUAUGGUGAAGGAUUUAUUGAAAGUGGAAGACUCACGAGUGGCCAAAAUUACAGACGGAGCAACGUUGACGGGGCUGACCAUUGGAACCACCAAAGUCCAGGUGAUGUCCCCCCUGUCGGAUUCAGUCCUGGCAGAGAGGACAGUGAGAAUUCUGGAUGAUAAAGUGAGCAUUACAGAUAUCGGCGUGCAGCUUGUGUCAGGCCUUUCACUGUCCCUGCAGCUCAGUCCGGGCAGCAACAAGGCCAUUGCAGCCACAGCCACCACCCAGGACAUCAUGCACAACCCGAAACAGGAGUCCCUUGUCAGUGCUUGGCUGCACUUCAGUGAUGGCUCUGUGACCCCGCUUGACCUUUAUGAUCCUGCACACUUUAUGCUGACAGCCACAUCCUUGGAUGAGCGGGUGGUCUCUGUUCAGAGGGCCGUGUGGUGGAGGUCACCAGUGGUGGUGGUGAAAGGUGAGGGUCAGGGCACGCUGCUGCGCAUUGAGAUGUCCGGAGCCGAUUCGUGCCAGAAAAACAAGCGCCGUAACAUUCUGGCUUCAGUUAGUGCAAACGUUCGCGUUAAAUUUAGCCAUAAUGAUGAUGGCAACAACAGGAGGAACAGACCCAAUUCUCCAUCCACUGGAGACUCCAUUUCAGAGGCAGGGAUGGUCAACAGAGGAGCCACGACCAUUAAAACGGGUUCUCCUUUUGGAGAUGAACGCCCAAUUGGAGAUAUUCCUGCAGACUUCUCAAAUUUUCCAGCACAGGCUGAACUUCCUCAUGGACGCACCACAGAAGAAGAGUUGCUACAAGCCCGACGCAGCCUGACAGACCUUGAAAUUGGCAUGUAUGCCCUACUGGGAGUCUUCUGCCUGGCCAUCUUGGUGUUUCUCAUCAACUGUGUCUCCUAUGCCCUCCAGUAUCAAAACAAACAGCUCCCCCUGGAAGGCCAGGAGAGCAUGACACAUGCUCAUGACUGGGUGUGGUUGGGGCACGAAGGUGAGCUAAUGGAGAACCAUGAUGGCAUGUGCUUACAGCAGGAUGAGCUCAGCGCGCCCAUGGACUCUACCCUGGGUAUAGAGGAGGCCAGCCAGCUCCUCAAUGGACUCUUGGGCCAGAAAAGUGCACAAGGUCAGGGAGGACGAGAGCACAAGAGCGAGACAGGAAACUCACCCACCACCAAGAGGAAACGGGUUAAAUUCACCACCUUCAGCCACUCCAAGCCAGGCAAUGACUGCCUGGGUACAAGCCCACUAGGCAUUGGGAAAAAUGAUAUCCAGUGGGUUUGCCCGGACAUCGAGCUUGGGGACUCCAUAGAACUUCGGAGCUACAUGGAGAGGCUAAAUGAGAAUGCCACAAAGAAUGUCGCAUAG